AUGGGGUUUUGGUCAAGCCACCAACACUCGGCAAUAACAGACACCGUUGACCGGAUAGUCUCGUCGCAGAAGUAUCCGCUGGAAGUAGAGCUGGAUAACUUGGUAAACCUGAUCAGGGAGUCCAGCGACUAUGAGUACACGAUGAAUCAGGAGGAGUGUGCCAUUGUGUUGCGGAAGAAGCUCAAGUAUGGGAACAAAGUGCAGCAGUCGCGGUCGUUGGACUUGCUGGACUUGUUCAUCUCGCAAGGUUUGAAGUUUGGGACAAUGUACAACGACGAGAAACUGCUCGACAGACUCGACGUUAUUGCCAACAACAAGGAUACCAACGGGAAGGGUGUCGUGUACAACAAGAAGAUUAUCAGUAAAGCUGUCAAGUACAUCAUGGACUGGAACGCAUACAUCGUGGACAUGGGCGCAGAAUCCAGCAGGACAUACGAGGGUAUAGUCCGUCUGAAGGAUACUCUGGGUACCGGUUCAUCUUCCAGUCGCAGUAAAAGGACCCCAGAUAUUGAUAGACAGCGUCUCAAUAAGGGUGGGCCGGACAUGGACAGGGACAGGCAAAGGUCCCGUAGGAGAGCUAACCAAAGGAGACAUCGCGGUGGUUCUAACUUUAUGGACGAUGUGGCGGACGAUUCCGUGUUCAGGGCACCACAGGACCCUGACUCCCUUUACAGGAUCCCACAGAUCGACUUGAAGAAACACGCACCCAAGAUAAAGAUGGUGAUCAGCGACGCCCUCGCGGCAGCGGUAUCGCUUGACAACGCGCUGAUGGUCUUGCCAGAGAAUAAGAACGCACUGACGGACAAGGACACCACAUCCAAAUUUAUCCAGGCAAGAGCCAUUAGAAGGAAAGUGCUCCGGUAUUUACAACUCGUCACCGAGGGCGAGUUCUUGGGCAGUUUGAUACACGCUAACGACGAGCUGGUGAAGGCACUCACUAAAUACGACGAAAGAACACAGGGCGAAGACGACGACGAGUCCUCUGAUCUGAGUGAGGACGACUCAGAUUUCUCAGACGACGACGAACCGAGCAGCUCCGGAGGUUUCCGCUCUGACGAAGCCGGCAGCGACGAUCCAUUUGCUGAUAAUCACCGCAUCUAA